AUGCCUUCUCCUCACUUGUGGCUUCGCGCCGAAACAAAGCCCAUGGAGCACCGUGCUGCUCUUACCCCUUCCACCGCCAAGACCUUGCUUGACGCUGGCUUCAAAAUCACCGUCGAGCGAUCGCCUGAGCGCAUUUUCGAUGACAAGGAAUACGCAGAUGUUGGUUGCCCUUUGGUCCCAGCUCUUUCAUGGAAGACAGAUGCUCCUGCUGAUGCUUACAUUGUUGGCUUGAAGGAGUUGCCAGAGAAUGAUGACUCUCCGCUCCAUCACACUCACAUUUUCUUCGCUCACUGCUUUAAGGAACAAGGUGGCUGGAAGGAAAUCCUUCACCGUUUCGAUCAAGGCAAUGGUACCAUUUUGGAUUUGGAGUUUUUGAACGAUGCUAAAGGUCGUCGCGUCGCUGCUUUCGGAUACAUGGCUGGAUUCACCGGUUCAGCUGUGGCUAUUGAUGUGUGGUGCCAUCAGCGUUUGAACCCUGGAGCCACCUUCCCUGCUCUCCACCCUUACCCCAAUGAAGAUGCUCUGAUCGCUCAUACCAAGGAACGUUUGGCUGCUGCCACCAAGGGCGGUGACCUCCCCAAGGUCAUGGUCAUGGGUGCUUUGGGUCGCUGCGGCUCUGGUGCUUGCGACUUCGCUCGUCGUGCUGGUAUCCCCGAAGAGAACAUUAUCAAGUGGGACAUGAAUGAGACCAAGAACGGUGGUCCUUUCCGUGAGAUCGUUGAAGCUGAUAUCUUUGUCAACUGCAUUUACCUCGCCCAUAAAAUUCCUCCUUUCGUCACCAGUGAGUUGUUGGACGGAGAACGCGCUUUGUCUGUCAUUUGUGACGUUUCUUGUGAUACCACCAACCCCAACAACCCCAUCCCUGUCUAUUCCAUCAACACCACCUUUGACAAGCCUACCGUUCCUGUCAAGACCACCAACCCCAAGCCAUUGGACGUUAUCUCCAUCGACCACUUGCCUACCCUUCUUCCUCGCGAGAGUUCCGAAAUGUUCUCCCGCGACCUUUUGCCUACUAUCUUGGAGUUGCAGGAUAGACAGAAUGCUCGCGUGUGGGUUGAGGCUGAGAAUUUGUACAAGCAGAAGUUGGCUGCUUCCAAGCAGUAG